AAGCCCAGCGUCCUCCUCUCCCCCCCUUCUCUCCUCUCCCCUCCCCCCUGGCGUCCAGCCCCUUUGUCCUCCCUCAGCUGAGCUGGAGCAGGAGUCUGGGCCAAGCACAGGCACAUUAGAGCCUGGGCAGCCGGUGGGUGUGUGUGGCCGCCACAGACGGGAGUCCCUGGGAGAGCAACGGCUGCAGAGCACCUAGGAGAGGGCGUGGCCAGACCCGCAAUACUGCCCACGCUUUUGUAAGUCGUUCCUGUAGGAGACUCUACUCAAAUCUCCCUGUUUGAGCACAUGCCAUCUGUCCCCCGCAGAUACUGAUAGGAAAAACCUUAGCGAGUGCGAAGAACUGAACCUUGCGGCAGCUUUCUUUGGGCAGAAGGAUGCGGGAGCCCCGCGGGCCGGAGGAGUCGGCGUCCGGAUGCACGGCCCCGUGCCUGGCGUCCUGCUACGCGCAGCGCGUGCUGCAGGCCCUCGACGCGUUCCGUCGGAGCGGCACCCUCACCGACGUGGUGCUGCGUGCCGGCGGCCGCGACUUCCCGUGCCACCGCGCCGCGCUCAGCGCGGGCAGCGCCUACUUUCACAGCCUGUUCGCCGCCGGGCGCCCGGAGCGAGGCCUGGCCCUCGUGCUCGUAGAAGCGCCGGGCGCGGAGCCUGCCGGGGCGGCGGCUGCGCUGGCCGUCGUGCUCGACUACGUGUACGGCGCGGGCGUGCGGCUGCGCGCCGAGGACGAGGCGGCCAACGUGCUGGCGCUGGCCGAGCGGCUGGGCGUGGAGGGCCUGCGCGACGUCUGCGCGCGCUUCCUCGAGGGCCGCCUGCGUGCGCACAACAGCCUGGCGCUGCGCCGCGUGGCCGCCGCCUUCUCGCUCGCGCCGCUGGCUGAGCGCUGCGGCCGCGUGCUGCGCCAGGCCUUCGCGGAGGUGGCGCGCCACGCCGACUUCCUGGAGCUGGCGCCGGAUGAGGUGGCGGCGCUGCUGGCGGACCCCGCGCUGGGCGUGGCGCGCGAGGAGGCGGUGUUCGAGGCGGCCAUGCGCUGGGUGCGCCACGACGCGCCGGCGCGCCGCGGGCAGCUGCGGCGCCUGCUGGAGCACGUGCGCCUGCCUCUGCUGGCGCCUGCCUACUUCGUGGAGAAGGUGGAGGCCGACGAGCUGCUCCAGGCCUGCGGCGAGUGUCGCCCGCUGCUGCUCGAGGCCCGCACUUGCUUCAUCCUGGGCCGAGAGACAGGCUCGCUGCGGGCCCGGCCGCGCAGAUUCAUGGACCUAGCCGAAGUGAUCGUGGUCGUCGGCGGUUGUGACCGCAAGGGUCUCUUGAAGCUGCCAUUCGCUGACGCCUACCACCCAGAGAGCCGGCGCUGGACGCCGCUGCCCAGCUUGCCCGGCUAUGCACGCUCCGAGUUCGCCACCUGCGCUCUCCGCAACGACGUCUACGUCUCAGGAGGCCACAUCAACAGCCGUGAUGUGUGGAUGUUUAGCUCCCAUCUGCACACCUGGAUCAAGGUAGCCUCGCUGCACAAGGGCAGGUGGAGGCACAAGAUGGCGGUCGUGCAGGGGCAGCUGUUUGCGGUGGGCGGCUUCGACGGCCUGCAGCGCCUGCGCAGUGUAGAGCGCUAUGACCCCUUCUCCAACACCUGGGCAGCCGCUGCGCCCCUCCCAGAGGCCGUGAGCUCUGCGGCAGUGGCGCCCUGCGCGGGCCAACUCUACGUGAUCGGGGGCGCCGGGCAGGACGGCGUGAACACAGACAAGGUGGGCACUGGCCUGGAGGUGCACAGAAGGCUUAGAGACGGCAGCAAGUCUGCACCUGCCAUGUGCCAGGUGCAGUGCUUUGACCUCAGAGAGGACCGGUGGAGCCUGCGGUCACCAGCGCCUUUCUCACAGCGGUGCCUCGCCGCCGUGUCCCUGGAGGAUACCAUCUAUGUGGUGGGCGGCCUCAUGAGCAAAAUCUUCGCCUACAACCCUGGCACCGAUGCCUGGGGAGAGGCUGCAGCUCUCCCCAGCCCCGUGGAGAGCUGUGGCCUGACUGUGUGUGACGGGAAGGUCCACAUCCUUGGCGGACGGGAUGAUCGCGGGGAAAGCACCGACAGAGUCUUCACCUUUGACCCCAGCAGUGGACAGGUGGAGGCCCAGCCAGCCCUGCAGCGCUGCACCAGUUCCCACGGCUGUGUCACCAUCGUCCAGAGCCUGAGCAGGUGACUCAGGCCGGGACAGCCCAAGCCGGGAGGUAGAGAGGCAGCACCACUCUGCGCCCCUCCCGACACUGCCCUGUAAAUAGCCCCUUAGUGCCCUUUUUUGUAGAAAUAAAACCUCGCUCAAAGGUUUA